UUUAGGGUUUAUGGCUAUGGCGCUGGCGAUGCGCUGUAAUAUUCGCCGUCGCCUCGCCCUCUCUGCCGCUCGCUUCUUCUCCGUAGUCAAGGAAUCGAGCGCUAAUGAAUCAAGCGCCACGGCGGAGAGCACGGCAACACCGUCGCUCUCAAUCGAUCGCAGUGGAUUGCACGUCCCUGAAGAUUAUCAAUCGCCGCAAAUCGCCGAGACUGACAUGGAGAAGCAGCUGAAAUCGAUAAUUACGUUUCGUGGAGGACCGAUCACUGUGGCCGAGUAUAUGGAGGAGGUUCUUACAAAUCCUUCCGCCGGCUACUACUUACACCAGGAAGUCUUUGGAGCGGCUGGAAGUUUUAUCACAUCACCAGACGUGAGCCAGAUGUUUGGCGAGAUGAUUGGAAUCUGGAGCGUGAGUCUUUGGGAGCAAAUGGGAAAGCCCAGGAAACUCCAACUUGUAGAACUAGGACCGGGUCGAGGUACGCUCAUGCAGGACUUGUUACGGAGUACUCUUACAUUUAAAGACUUCUCCAAGGCGUUAUCAAUCCACUUUGUCGAAUGUAGCCCAGCCCUUCGUAAGCAGCAGCGGAGAGCAUUGCAAUGCCCCAGCGAGGAAAAGAAACACGAGGGUGGCGAUCGACCGGCUGUUGAGAACAGCCGAAGCCAGAGAUUUGAAACCAAUGUGGCGUGGUAUUUAGAUCUAAAGGACGUUCCUCGAGGAGUUCCGACCAUUAUAAUUGCGCAGGAAUUUUUUGAUGCUCUACCAAUACACCAGUUCCAGAAAACGCCUGUUGGCUGGUGUGAGAAGCUCAUUGAUGUGGAUUCCAGUGGAGCAUUCCGGUUUGUUUUGUCUUCGCAGCCUACUGCAGCCACUCUACUGUAUCUUAAAAAGCGGCUUAACUGGAUUACUGCCGUGGAGGAAGAAAGUAUACAUCACAUAGAAGUGUGUCCGAAAGCGCUGCAAGUAAGCCAGGAAAUUGCGAAGCGCGUAGCCGAAGACUCGGGUGGUGGGAUUAUCAUCGACUAUGGCAAAGACGAGCCUGUUACGGACAGUUUCCAGGCCAUAAGGAAUCACGAGUUCGUCAAUGUUUUGGAUAAGCCAGGAACAGCAGACCUCAGUGCUCAUGUCGACUUUGCAGCCAUCAAAAGGAUGGUCGCUGAAACAGCAAGCCCCACGGUAUCAACUUAUGGCCCAAUUUUCCAGCAGGAGUUCCUUGCAAUGCUCGGGAUAAACGUCCGGCUGGAAGCUCUCGUCAAAGAUGCUAGCGAUGAGCAGGGCGAGAAACUCCAGUUGGGAUACUGGAGACUGGUUGGAGAAGGACCUCCUCCAUGGCUGUCCGAGGGAGACGACGGCUACAAAAUCCAGGGCAUGGGUAAGCACUACCGAGUUCUCGCGAUCGCGGACAGUAAACUUGGAGCACCAGCGUGCUUCCGGCAGUGAUUUCUCACCACAGAGAAAUUUGAAGAGAGCAAUGACAAGAAGAAACUCGAGAUCAUCACAUGCCUGUGGAGAGACCAUUGUGAAACUUUGCUAUGUAGCUUCUUCACUUGCGAGAGAUUUUGGAGAACGGGUAAUAACUUCGAGCCAAGCACUUCCGAGGCAACUGUUAAACCUGUAUUUGUUUUCUAAAUAAACUUUAGAUUUACCUGC